AUGGCCAAAGAAUGCCGAAACAGCAUCAAAUGGGAAAGCGAUGAACCUGUCAAAAUAAAUACGUCAUUGGAGAUCGAUUAUGAUGUGAUGUUUGUAACAGCAUUAUACGAACGUGCCCACUUUGUCAUAGAUGCUGCGGACAAUUUCGGGUUGGAGUUUGUGGUUCCAGUAGAUGCCAAUGAUAAUGGAUAUUUCAUAUUCCUGACGAAUGUCAAUGACAAAUCUGUCGAUGUUAGAAUUCAUGGUAGUGAGGCUAAAGUCGUAGGUCCAAAUAAAACAGAGGUUGUGGCAAAGAGUGAUUUUAGUCAACAUUCUUCAGUAAUACAUAUUGAUGCUAAAGAUGAAAUUUCUGUAUACGUGUUUCGUAAUCUUUCAUCAGGAAAAGCGUUUGGUCAUUCAGUACUUCCGGUUGACAUACUUGGACCUAGCUAUCACUUAUUUUUGGACAGCACACUUGAUACCAACGAAACUGCCGAAAAUGUUUCAGUUUGCACAGGGUAUGCUAUCGAAGAUAACACAGAAUCGAACGUUGGACCUGUUGGACCUGUACCAGUUUCAAUAACUAAAGAGAUGUAUGAUAAAGAACUAGGCCACCAAAAGCUGCUAACAGCAAAUCGGCCUAUGGCUAUAUUUUGUGGUGCAGACGACAAUAGGGCCCAGAUGCCACCGCGCGAGACACUAGGUAAACAGCACUACAUUCCGCCAUUAAACCUUGACAGCACUGAGAAAGCGGAAAUACGUCUAGUGGCAACUGAAGACAGUACCAUAGUUAUCAUUAGGGGGAACUAUGACCACCUGGACACAAUCAGCCUAACCGGAAUUACAUUUUGCAGAGCCGUAGAGAAUGAUAUGCUUUACGACAUCAACUCAACCAAACCAAUACAAGUGCAUCUACAAAUGCGGUCGAAGGAUUUGAGCUGGGCUUCUGUUGUCGUCAUACCACCGGUAGAACAGUACAAGUCCGAACACGUCUUUCCCGGCAUAAACUCUAUUGGUAGCAGAGACCAUUUUGAAAUAGUGUACGUAUAUUAA